GGAGCAAGAAAAAAAUGAAAUGGAAAAAAAGAGGGAGCCGACGAAUGAAGAAGCGAGCGUGACGUCGCCGCCGCGUCGCAUCGCCAUCGCACGCGCCUCCUCCGCCUCCGACUCCAUCUCGUUCCCCUGCAGCGCAAGUCCACCACCAAGUCCAAGAGCGCGGCGCCCCCGCCCCGCCCUCCCCCCAAAUCUCAACCCCGCCCCCCGCCCCAGAUCCAAACAAACCCUAAUUCCGCCAUGGCUGCAGACUUCGACGACACCACCGAGGACUUCUUCGACAACCUAGUCAAUUCCGACGACGACGGCGACGAGGAUCGCCCUCGCCUAGCCGCGGCCGAGGCCUCCACGGGGGACCUCGCCGCACUCACCCUGGACGACCAAUCCGACGCGGGCCCACCCGACCGCAAGCCCGAUGAUCAACCCGUGCCGGCGCCACUGGUGGAGGAGCCGGAGCAUCACCCCGCGCCGCCGAAUCCCGACCCUCAUACGGAGCCGGUGGCGGAGGCGGAACCUGCCGUCGCGCCACCUGGGGCCGCGGCUGACCAGCCUGCCGUCGCACUGCCUGGGGCUGCGGCCGACGAGCCGUCCCCAGCGCCGGACAAGGGCGUCCACGCCGCCCCCGCCCUCAAGCAGGUGCAGUGGAACGAUUUCGGUGCCACCACCGGGGCCGCUGGGGCAGAUCCGUUCGGGGACCUCCAGCCAGGUGGAGCGGAGGACGCCUUCUUCGGGGGUACUGCAGACGGGGAUCAGGGCGGCCAGGAAUCACUUCUAGGGGCCAGCAAUGCCAGUGCACCAGAUCACAGCUUCUCCGCCGGAGCGGAUAACAAUGCCACCGCCACUGAUGGGCAGUCGGAUUAUAGCUCCUAUGGGGGAACGGACGAUAACAAUGCGAAUUCCCAGUUCAACUCCACCACAGGUGCUGUGGUAUAUGGCGAUCAAAACACCAACUUUCAGUUGGAAUCCGCUGACCCCAGAUAUCUUGAGAGCCUCUACCCUGGGUGGAAGUACGACGGCGCCACACAGCAGUGGUAUCAGGUAGACACUCUCAGUGCACAACGUAUUACUGCUGAAACAACCAGUGCUGCGGCAGUCCUUGGGAGAUCCACGGAGAUAACUCCUCAACCCAAGCCUGUGGCUGAGGCUGAUGAUCAGCCUGCGCCGGCGCCACAUAAGGAGGAUGUGGAGCAUGAGCCCAUGCUGGCGCAUCCACAAGUGGAGUCUGUGGGUGACCACGCAUCACUUCGAGGUACCACCAAUGCCGGUGCGCCAUAUCACAGCUUCUAUGGUGGGAUGGAUAGCAAUGCCAGUUCCCAGUCUGAAUCAACCACAGUUGCUGCGGGAUAUGGGGGUUACAGCACUGUUGCGCAAUUGGAAUCCGCUGACCCCAGAUACCUAGAGAGCCUCUAUCCUGGAUGGAAGUAUGAUGACGCCACACAGCAGUGGUAUCAGGUAGACACUGUCAGCGCACAUCAUAUUACUGGUGAAGCUACCAGUGCUGUGGCAGUUGUUGGGAGUGAUAAUGUUCAGCAGCAGCAGCAGCAAAACAAUUCACAUGCAGAAGCUGGACAUGAACCCACGGAAGCGACUUCUGAGCCGAAGCCUGAGUUUGAGCCUUCGGCAGCGCCUUCUGAGACUGAGGCUGAUAAUGAACCUUCGGUGGCGCCACAUAAGGAUGAGGUGGAGAAUGAUCCCACACGGGCGUAUCCACACGCGGAGCCUGUGGUGGUGCAUCAUCCUGAGGCUGAUAAUGAGGCAGUUGAGGCGGGGUCUGCGGUGCUGAAUCCUGAUACCAAGGCUGUCACGGCGCCAGAGAGGUGUGGGUCCCUGGGGUCGGAGAAGGGCAUCCACACCGCCAUCAAGCAGGUGCAGUGGAACGACUUUGGUGCCAACACCAGUGCUGGCGGAGCAGAUCCGUUUGGGGACCUCCUGCCAGAUGGAGCAGAGGACGACUUCUUUGGGGCUACUGUGCCUGGCGAUCAGGGCGUCCAAGCAUCCAUGGUAGGUACCAACAAUGUUACCACACUAGAUCACAGCUUCUCUGCAGGAGUGGAUAACAAUGCCGCCAUUAGUGCUGGAGUGGUGGGUUACAGCUUCUCAGGGGGAGUGGAUAACAAUGCCAAUACCAACUUCGAUUUCAGUGCAAGUGCUGCGGGAUACGGUGUUCAGAGCACCAAUGCACAAUUGGACUCCACUGAUCCCAAAUAUCUCGAGAGCCUCUACCCUGGAUGGAAGUACGAUGCGGCUACGCAACAGUGGUAUCAGGUUGAUACUCUCGGUGCACAGAGUUAUGCUGCUGAUAAUACUGGUGCUGUGGCAGUCCUUGGGAGUGAUAAUGUUCAGCAACAUCAGCAGCAAUUUAGUGCUUCGUACCUGCAAAAUGCUUCGCAUGCAGCACUUGAGACCAUUGCAGAGGAGAGCAGUGCCAAUGCCGCGAGCUGGGGCCAGUCUGGGAUCAGUGCUGCGCCUGUAGAAUACCCACCGAACAUGUUAUUCUAUGCAGAAUACCCAGGGUGGUACUUUGAUACCAACACUCAGCAGUGGCAAUCACUCGAGUCGUACCAACAAAGUGUUGCGCAAGCUGCAACUUCUCCAGCAGCCUCAGAUGGGUUCACAGGGGCAGGUCAUACUGUAGCUCAGUACACUGAAGAUUCUUAUGCAAGUAGCUUCAGCCAGCAGAGCCAGUGGCAACCGGAUUCAUUGGCUAACACCAUGCUGCCUGAUGUUUUGGGAGGUAAUAGUUUGUUGGGUAGUUCCUUUAGUUCCAAUCAGCAGGCUGAGAAUCAGAUUGGGCGGCAGGUCAUUGCUGAGUCAUUGCAGUCGUCUAUAAAUUACAAGCCUCAUGCAGACACAUUUGUGCCUUCUACAGGCCAACACACUGGUAGUGAGGGCAAUCAUGCUAGUUAUGAGGGGUUCAAAGGGAACCAUAGUUGGUACAAGGGUUCUGAGCAUUCUAAUAGUCAGGAGGUUGGGUACAAAGGGUUUGCAUCUUCAACAGGUUUCCAGACUGGUCACAAGGAAUCACAGCCUCCUAAAGAUCACCAGGCUGGCCACAUGGCAUAUGAACCUUCAACAAGAGUUGGGUAUGGUAAUUCAAAUGGUCCACAAGACUUUGUUCCAAAAGAGAGCAUGUACAUGACACAAACGCAUGAUGUCUCCUCUGCACAUACAUAUGUGCCCAACAACUAUUGGGGCACUCAGACCGCAAUGGACUUUGCUCAGCAGCAACUGAUUGGUGCAAAUGGUCCAUCCCAACAGUUUGGUUUCUCGCCACAUGAGCAGAGAUCAUCAGCUGGACGCCCACCACAUGCUGUGGUCACCUUUGGAUUUGGGGGGAAGCUAGUAGUUUUGAAUGAAAGCAGCUCCAUGUCCACAAACUUUGACAGCGGAAAUCAGGACAAUUCUGGUCGCACGGUGUCAGUUCUUAAUAUUCCAGAAAUUGUUGCUGAUAAAAUUAACAAUCCAAGCAUGGAUAAUAGCAGUGCACUUAGCUACUUCCACGCUCUGUGUCGUCAACCUAUUCCUGGCCCUCUUGUUGGUGGAAGUGCUGCAUCAAAGGAUGUGAAUAAAUGGCUUGAUGAUAUGAUUGGAGUAUAUGAAUCUUCUCUGACUGAAUUCCAGGGAGGGGAUGUUCAGAAGGUGCUUAUUUCGUUGUUGAAAAUACUGUGUCAACACUAUGGAAAACUCCGUUCACCCUUUGGGUCUGACCCAUCACAGGAGGGUAUAGAUGGCCCAGAUAUGGCAGUUACAAAACUGUUCUCAUCUUGUAAGAGCAGUGCUAAUAUGAAAGGGUACGGAGUCCAUUGCAUGAGGAAUCUUCCCUCGGAAAUCCAGAUUCAGGCUACUGCUCAGGAGGUUCAAAAUCUCCUGGUUUCUGGUAGAAGGAAAGAAGCCCUUCAGUAUGCACAGGAAGGUCAACUUUGGGGACCCGCGCUGAUCCUUGCUUUACAACUUGGUGAUAAGUUUUAUGCGGAUACUGUGAAGAAAAUGGCUCACUGCCAUUUUGUGUCUGGGUCACCUUUGAGGACAUUGUGCCUUCUUAUUGCUGGACAACCUGCAGAUGUUUUCAAUUCUGAGAACCCGGUCAACAGUGGUUCUUUAUAUACACCCCACCAGCCUGUAGAGGUUGCUCCUAAGGGUAUGCUGGAUGACUGGCAAGAGAAUUUGGCUAUUAUAACAGCAAACAGGACAAAAGGUGAUGACCUUGUAAUUACCCACCUUGGGGAUUGCCUUUGGAAAGAGAAGAAUGAGGUUGCAUCUGCUCACUCAUGCUAUUUAGUUGCUGAACUAAAUAUUGAUUCGUACUCUGAAAGUGCAAGGAUGUGCCUCAUUGGCGCAGACCACCUGAGGUGUCCACGCACAUUUGCCAGCCCUGAAGCCAUCCAGAGAACAGAGGUGUAUGAGUAUGCAAGGGUUCUUGGUAAUUCUCAGUAUAUACUCUUGCCAUUUCAACCAUACAAGCUGAUAUAUGCAUAUAUGCUCGCGGAGAUUGGGAAGGUUUCCGAUUCACUAAGGUAUUGUCAAGCAUCUCUGAAGGUGCUGAAGGCCUCUGGCCGCACACCUGAACUAGAAGCAUGGAAACAAUUGUUUUCAACCCUGGAGGAGCGGAUACGCACCCAUCAACAGGGUGGAUAUGCAACAAAUCUUGCCCCUGGAAAGAUUGUUGGGAAGCUUUUCACGUCACUUGAUAAAUCUUUGUCCCGAAUGAUGGGUACACAAUCUGCACCAAUGCCACCACUGCCACAGGGUGCCGCAAAUGAAAGAGAUGUCUAUUCUCCUCCUGAUACAAAAGUUGUAAAUAACCAGUCAGUGAUGUCCAUGUCACCUCUAAUGUCUUCUGCUUCAGAGCAGUCUAUGAGCGAAAUGGCAGGAAAUAGCGGCCCUGGCAGGGAAGUUGCACAUAACAGAAGUAUUUCUGAGCCAGACUUUGGCAAAACCCCACAAAAGCAGGCUGCUGGGUCAAGUAAGGCACAAAGCACAUCAGGUUCCGGAAGCUCUCGCUUUGGAUGGUUGGUGCAGAAGACAGUGGGGCUUGUUUCAAAAUCUCAUCGUCAGGCAAAGUUAGGGGAACAGAACAAGUUCUACUAUGAUGAGAAGCUGAAGCGGUGGGUGGAGGAAGGCGCUGAGGUCCCUGCCGAGGAGCCUCCAGUUCCCCCGCCUCCGACAAAAUCCUCAUUCCAGAACAGUAUUCCAGAGUCGAACUUGAAGGGUCCCCCGGUUGGUGGAGGUUAUACUGCUAAUGGAUUUGCUGAAGCUAAAGCUUUGAACACUUCGGAGCCUAGUUCAGGGAUGCCACCGAUACCACCCACCCAGAACCAAUUCUCAGCACGGGGAAGGAUGGGUGUAAGAUCAAGGUAUGUUGACACUUUCAACAAGGGUGGUGGUGGUGGUGCGAAUGCCUUUGGUGCAGCAACAAUGUAUAGCAAACCAGCUGCUCCAUCAAUGAGUUCACUGUCGGGUGCAAAAUUCUUUGUGCCAACUCCGGCUGCUGCUGCUUCAGAACAGGCAGCUGCUGACGCACCAACGGGUGCCCACAGUGAAACCACUCAACAGGCUGAACCCUCGUCCUCACCAGCCGUGGAGGCAGCAUUCAGUUCACUGGCACCACCAGUACCCAUGCAGUCAACCAUUCAGCGGUACCCAAGUGGGGACAACAUUCAGCGGUACCCAAGUAUGGACAACAUCGUGGCCCCCUCAGACAGCGCUGGCAGCUCGAUGUCAAGGUCAAGAGCAUCGUCAUGGAGUGGAGCGUAUCCGGAGCAGUUGGGCGGCACUGCUGUUUCCAGAUCACCCGAUGGACAGACCAUGCCGUCACCAAUGAUGCCUGGGAAAAGGCCUCCGCACAGCCGUUCCAGCAGCAACUCAUCGCUGCAGUUCAAUGGUUUGGGUGAGGAUCUUCACGAGGUGGAGCUCUGAUAUUUGACAGGAGGUGACACAGCCUUCACCGUGAAAUGUCUCUGCUUUAACCUUUUUGUCCGUUUUUGUAACUUAUAAUAGCUGUGGUGUCUAGAAAGGAAAGGAAAGGAAAGGGGAGAAAGAGUGGCAUCCCUUUUCGAUUUUUACAGGAGAAGCAAGCAUGUACAGAUAGUUCACUCGUUCGCCAGAUGCAAAAUGUAUCAAGGGAGAGAUGUAGGUUCAGGUAGCAAGCAAGUUGUAGAAAGGCUGACAAUACCUCCUCUUUUUUCUGUCCUUUUUUGUUCUUGUUUCUAUAGAAACGCUUCAAUUAGAACAACGAUUCAUUGUUAAGCUGGACGCUUGGGAAAACUCUGAUGAAUAAGGCCAUGUGGCUAGCAAGCUCAA